GAUGGAGGGAGGGAGGGAGGGCGUAAAGAAGGCAGGGGCUCCGGGGUGGGGGGUGGAGAAUGCAGAAGGAGCAACAGCUUGUGCUCUGGGACUACAGCGGAAAGAAAGUAGGAACAUGGUGCAGGCUGACUGAGGAGACGAGGCAGAGCAGGCGAGAUGAGAAGGAAUGAGACGUAGCGAUCUGAGUCGAGAAGGGGCAGAAGACACCGGACGGAACACCCCGGCAAUGCUAGCUUUUAACGGGAGUGGAACGGCAGAAAACUAGAGUUGUGCGUGUGGGGGGGAAAGCAAGGCUGGCUGUUUAGGAGACAGACAGAAAGAUAUGAUCGCCUGAUAGCCCGGAGGCUCACAGAGAGAAGCUUACAGCAAGAAGCAGAGACAGAAAGAGAGAGACAGAGAGAGAAGGAAAGAGAGAGUAAUAGAUCAAGACUGUGGAAGAGGCAGGAGAGUAACGACAGGGCAAGAGCAAGAGUGAGGUACAAUCGGGGAGAAAAAGCCAGGGGGUGGGGGGGGGUGGAAAGGAGGGACCAAAGUAAAGGAACGUAAAAGAAGAAAGAAAGCUGUGCAGAGAGGGAGAGAGAAAAAGAAAGAGAAACUAAUGUGUCAGUUCUAAGGGGGAGAAAAUAGGGGAUAAAGAGGAAGAGGAAGAGACCGAGAACGAGGAGAGGAAACAGCUGUGGGAGAGGCAUGAAGCUACUGCUGUUAAAGAUGCUGUUUAUCCUGACACUCACCUUCCUUAUCUUGGGGACUUUCUUUAUUGCCCUCUUUUGUAUGGUCGGGCCCCGGAACCCUCACCGCCCAAGAAGCCCCGGUGCAGCUCCACCUUACACAUGCAAGGACUGCAAGAACAACGUCACCAACAAAGUGGUGGAACUUUAUUCUCACGUCUGGAGGAAACAGGAGUCCAAAUCAAAAAAGUUCAGAUCCCUGCUUAGCAGCCGUUGUCAAGGGGUCACCAAAGCUGUGGUCACCCAGGCCAACACUCCCUUGGGGUCAAAGAUGGUGUAUGAUGGCGAAAAGAGAAAACCUCUUCAUGUUACCCCUGAACUCUUCAGCACGUUUGUUAAGGAACAUCCAUUUGCUUCCAAUACAACCUGGGAUACCUGUUCUGUUGUUGGCAACGGCGGAAUCCUGACCAAUAGUAGCUGUGGAGAGAAGAUAGACUCUGCUCAGUUUGUUAUCAGGUGUAACCUGCCUCCUUUGGAGAACGGUUAUGAGAGAGAUGUCGGCAACAAGACGGACCUUGUGACAGCCAAUCCCAGCAUUCUGCUGGAGAAGUACGGGGCUUUACUGGAGCGUCGCCGACCCUUCGUGGAGAGUUUGCGUAGCUACGGCGACUCCCUGAUCCUCCUGCCGGCGUUCUCCUACGGCCACAAUACGCCCGUGUCCCUGAGGGCCCUCUACACCGUCCAGGACUUUGACAGCCCCUCGCGGCCCGUAUUCCUCAACCCAGAGUACCUCCAGAGCCUGGCCCGCUUCUGGCGAUCGCAGGGCCUGAAGACGGUGCGGCUCAGCACGGGGAUGAUGGUGGCCAGUCUGGCGCUGGAGCUCUGCGCCAACGUGGAUCUGUAUGGCUUCUGGCCUUUCAGCCAGCACCUGUACGGACAGCAGCCCCUCACCAAUCAUUACUAUGACGACAGACAGGCCAAGAAGACUGUCCACGCCAUGCCUGCUGAGUUCGACCACCUGUUGAAGCUCCACAGUCAGGGCGUGUUAAGGAUACACCUGGGGGAGUGUGCACCACCCGGCAGCCGCAGGGAAUCCCACAAUGACUGGCCGAGCCAGACACGCUAACAUCUGGUUCCUGUUCCUGUGAGCAGAGAGCAGAGGCCCAACUAGGAGAGCAGAGGAAAGAACUGGCGCCUCGCUAUCUUCUUCAUCCAGAAUGUACGAUGGCAGAAGGGACACACAGUCCAUAUUCAGACAUCAGGGAGGCGUUAUCAGAAGCAGUGCAUCCAGUCGGUUGGGCCACCACAGUCUGACUUGGCAUGUUGUUUUCACGCGUCGUUGUCGGACGUGACCUGAAUGUAACUCCAGCUGCUACGCUCUGCUCAGUCCAACCAGGCGUACUCUCAAGGGUACUAUUGGAUUUCAGGUAAUUGCAAAAACACACCGAAUCAUUCCCUUUUUUUUCUCCCUAGUAUUCCCCUGGUACGUCAUCUGUUUACUCAUUAAUGAGGAAGAGAAACAGAACAGGGAAACUGCGGCUGGGUUAAACUUAAUUGCAUUUCUAAUUGCUGACAUUAGUGACACGAUAUUGACAGUCUGCAAACUGAUUUGAUAAACGUGUUCUAUUCUGUCAUGUAUAACGGACGAUAAUGCCUUGGUGUAUGUAUUGUUCCUGCUCUCAUGGCUACAGCGACUAGGCUUUCUGUUGAUGCCGAUUGAGGCCCAUUGGAUUCAAACGUCCUCACAACAUUCGCACAUUUAACAGUCUCCAAAUUAACUGCCAAACCACCAAACAAACAUGACAAGGUUGACAUGAGUAGGUGUGACAGUUCUGCCUGCCCUCCUGUGUGACUCCUGUUAGUGACACAAGAUCAGCCUGUACCACUGUAAUCCUCCUGAUAGGACAGCAUAGAACCGUCCUCUCCACCAAUCAAAAUCAGACAGAAGUCAUAUCCUGACAGUGCCUGGACAGUACAACAGGCCCACAGUCCAUGUUGUCCUUCAUCUGUUCUUGUGCUACACGCUUCUACAGACAAACACAAGGCAGACAU